CCUGCUCAGGAAAGGAGAUCAGCACUGAGAGAGAGAGCUGUACAGGCAGAGAAAGUGUUCUGCAAGGUAGAAAACAAGGGAACCGAUAGACAGGGAGACGCAGAACAGAUAUGGUCAGUGGGCAGCAGCAGAAUCAAUCAGUGAUAAAUACUAACAAACAGAACAAAGAAAGGACACAAUACAAAACUCAGCAGUGAUAUCAGAUAACUGUAUUCAGGACAUGACACAGAAUGUAGAGGUGUAAGAAUAAGACUGCUUCAGUCUCAGAUCUGGUAUACAGGGUUCUCAUAUACAGCACUAGAGUAAGAAGUGCAUUAUGGGGAAUGACAACAGCCAUCAAUCAGAAAAUCAGCAGAAGGCCACAUCAGGACCCCAAAUCAGCCCACAGGGGGCAUCGGCUAAGGACAAACAGCAGGAGCCGUCAGCAGAUCCUGUCCCUAUUCUUGUUCCCCAGUGGGAUUCAGAUAUCCGAGGAAGGGAGCAAUACAGGGAAGGUGCAGAAGGAGAUGUGAAUACCGCUGCGGUUGUUUACCCUGAAGAUCCAAGUGUCCCUGCAGCAAACUCUGGCGCCUAUCAACUUGGUGACAUCGCUUUUAGAAGUGUAUGGGAGGAAGGACAGCUGCUUCCAACCCUUCCUCUGCCUGAUCCUAAUAUAGCGGCUCUGGAAUAUCAGGAAUCUGGGAGCAGCGCACACACUGGCACUGUCAGAACUUCGUCCACGGAAGAGUCACAAGAAGGAUCUGCUGCCUUAGAUGAAUUAGGACUGAGCGGGAUUUUAAGAGAAUGGGGACAACACGUUCUACCUGAGAAGAUCCAUGUGGAGGUAGACAAGAAAAAAGAAAACUUGCAAUCCUUAAAACCAUCAUUUGAUGAAACUGAAUUGCAAUUUAGUGAUCUCUCAAAUAUACAACAGAAGAUAAAGUCUGUAACAUCUCCAGGCAUCUCCGAUACAGAAGACAUAAAAACAGUUGCAAGUGAUUCCACUGAAACUGAUGCUAACCACAAGAAUGACAGUAAGGAACAAGGACGGCUGAGCAGUCAGCUUACGGCACAACCAUCUGAGCUAGUAUCAGAGUUCUCACAGCUGUGUUCCAGGAAUUCUGUGCCAUCACAGCCGCUUGCACUGUUGGACAAUCCUGAAAACACUAGCAACCAAGCAAAAGGAGAUUCCAGGAAUAGUAUUACUUCUCAGCAAGGUCUGGGGAGCUUUACUGAAACAGAGACUUUGCUUACAGAUGGUGGUAAUAAUCAGUCAGAUAUAAAGAGUAGCUUAAUCUGGGUUUAUUCAACAGAUGGGAGCUCAGACAGGAAUAGUGCAAAUCGAUCCACUGCAAAUAAACUUACACCAGAAGCCUAUCCAUACAGAACAGACACUCCGUUUGUGAGUCCCGUGGCCAGUCUCAUGGUGUUACAGAGCAGUGGAGGUCCAGACACGUUCAGCAAUAAGCCUAUUACACCACUGGCUAAUCUACAAUCUGUACAGCAAGGUGAGGUGGCAGAGAAUCUGCAUCAGGAACAUUUAGAUGAGUUUGACAGUCAUCAUUUUGCCAAAAUACAACCACAGGUAACUGACACAGUACAGUUUAUGCCUAAUGCUGAGAAAUGCAGGGAUAACACUCAAACAGAUCUGGCAGAGAAAAAGACAGUGAAUGACAAUGCUCAUUCAGGGAGUCAGAACCAGGAGGUAAUCAUUCACCAUGAAUCCAUGACCGAUAGUACAGAUUUGCCUAUUACUAUAAAACCAGAAAAUGAAUCAAACUUAGAAAUAGACACAGAAGUAGUGGAAGAUAUGGCAUUUUCUGUUGGACAAGGCACAACAAGUCAACAGAGUCUUAAAAUGAGAGAAGAGGAUAAAACUCCUACUGUGAUAAGUUGUAAUGUAAGCAGUAUGAUGCUGAACACAGAUCUAGAGCAAAGACUGGGAAGUACAGAAGUAACUGAGGAAAAAGUUGUAAAUAAGACUAAGCUUAGUUCAUUACAGCAUCAAAGUGAGAAGGAGAAAAAUGCUACAGAAGCACAUUAUAAGGAGGGUUAUACAGCUGAUAUUAGUUACUACACCCAAAAGAGCCCUAUAGGCACUAUGGAAAUAUCCAGUUGUGAGAAAAAAGCUGUAAAAAAUGAUAAUGAAACCACUUAUCUAUCUGUUUCAGAAACUCUUAAUGAAUCAUCAUACUCCACUGCUACACAGUUUGACAGCAUAACUAUAGAGCCAGGUCAGUCUGUGAAUAGAGAGUAUGUAGAAUCUAAACAGUCCUCAAUAGUUGAUGUUGUUAUUGCACAGGCUAAUAUUAUGCCCCAUCUGCCUGAUAAUGUGCUAGAUGUUUCAUCUAUGGACCGAGUAUAUUUAGAACAUCAAGAAGAUACAAAAUCUCAAGUACUCAUGGAAAAAAUAAACACAGUAGUCAACCAAGACAUUUAUUUAAAAUCAACCAAUCAGAAGCAAGCUAGUGACAGUCAUAUUGGGUUGCAGUUAUCCAUUCUCCCUGAUAUGGGUGGCCUGAAUCUCAAGCCAGGUGACAAUGCAGAAGAGUCAUCCAAUAGUCAGCCCGACAAAAAUAUAUUUCCUUCUACAACUGUAAUAGACCUGAAAGUACAUGAAGAAGAAAAUACUAAUACCAAAUUUGCAAGGACACAAGAGUUAAAGGAGUGUACUCAGUUAGCACUAAAUCAGCAAGAAAAAGUGUCUAUAGAAGACACACCCUAUCUAACGCCUGACAAACUACCAUCCAAUGAGAUGUUGCCAGAAGUGCAGAAACAUCCUAUAAAUGACACAUACGGCUCUCAGCUGGUAGUUAGCAAAAUGGACACAUGCAAUAAAACAGAAGACAAUGGAUUACAAAAGAAAAUUACACUUAUAAAUUCGUGCACAGAAAGCAUCAGGCCUGGCAAGACUGAGUUAUUGGCACAGAGGAAAGAUCAGAGCAGUGAUUUUUUUCCACAAAGCUAUGACUCUGAACCUCAGGUAACUACUUCCCAAUGCAGCCCUUUGUUAGAGGUUCACAAAAAAGAUUUUGUGAACAAACUGCAUCAUUAUGAAAUGGGUGUUGGAAAAGUUCCAGAAGAUCCAACAAGCAAUCUAUUGCAGAGGGGGGUUUCUCUUGCAGAAAAUAGUACCGAUUCAGGGAAAGAAAAAUCUGAUCUUUGUGUAACUUCUCAAACCAAUGAGCAAAAUGAAAGUUCCAAAGCAACAUGGUCAGGGGAGGCUGCUACUAAAGAGGAAAUAACAACCCUCAAGCUGACAACGGAACAACAAACUGCAUGUAAUCUAACUGUGGAUGGUUUAUCUUUACACCCUUCAAAUGCAUUAGCAAGCACAGUUGUCACUGAACUCCUUAACCAUGGAGAUGUGUCUCAGGAUAAGAGUGAAGAUUCAAAUAUGGUUCCCCAAACAGAGAACCUGGAACUUAAAGAAUUAUCUCAUAUUUCUAGUGCAAAAAUUGCAGAGCAGUCCUCAGGGGAGGAUGCUAUGCUGAUAAUCCAAGCAGAGGAACUAGAGAACAAAAAAGGGGUACUUUCAGACAUGCAAGUAUUGCUCAUUGAAAAUACUGCAAAACAUCGAGUAAAAGAUAUAUUAAGGCCAGAUGUUUCUGGGGAUAAUAAACACAAGAAAGAAUCUGCUCAAGAAGAGAAUAAAUCGCAAACACUCAACAACAUAUCAACUUCAAUAGGACCAUUGAAAACUGUGCAUACAGAAAUUAACAAAAAAAAACUAAAUGACCAAGAAAAUGCUCAGGACAUCAGCUUUGGAGAUUGCACUGUGAUGUUACCUUUGUCCCAAAAUAAAAAACAAAAAACAGGAACUGAACAGUGCUUUAUUCCACAAUAUGAUUCAAAUUUAGAGCCACAAAUUGAUAGUGCUGAAAAGUUAGAGGAAUCAUUGGAUAUUCUGAAACAAAAAGUAGAUCAGGAAAUGCAUUCUCAAUGGAAACAUCCUGAAGGGGUAUGUGAAGCAUUAUCGAAAGUCAACCCUGCCUACAGUUUAGAGGAGCAUGACACCUUGCAAGACAACAAGGGGAAGAUUGUGGACUACGAGGAACAGUCUUGUAUAUUGAUGGAUACAAUAACUAUUUCUGACACUAACUUUUCAAAACAACCACUGACUGAUGAACCAGACAUGAUAAGUGGAACCAUUGGCCUUAAGAUUUCUAAUGUCACUAAUACUUUAUUGCCACAAUUGGCUUCACCUCAGGAAGUGGGAUCAAGUGUUAAGCAACCUAUGCAUUUUACACCAGAAAUCUUAGAAACAAAAAAUGCCCCUCAGGCAUUAAGCAAAACAUCUGAAAAAAUAUCUGACACUAAAGCACUAGAAUUUGGCUCCAACAAGCUGGACAUUUUAACUGAGAUUCUAAACCCAUCUCCACAAGUGAGGGAGAAAAGUGAAAUAUCUGCAGGUUUAUAUAUUCCACAGAAAGAGACAGCUAUAAUCUGUGAUGAACCAUAUUCUACCAUUUCAGAGACAGAAAUGUUCUCUUGCACGCUGAUCAACACACCUUCAGAGACAGAUAUACUUUGUGAAAAACUUGGUCUUUCUCUAUCUAAGAGAGAUAAAUUAAUUGACAAACCAGUCACUGACACAAAAAAUGUCACUUUCUCAGAGACAAAUAGACUCAAUAACAAACCAGGUUUUAAACCUUUAUACACAGAUUUACACUCUGACAAACAAGACAUUAAACCUUUUGAGACAGAUAUAAUCACUGAUAAACCAUACCUCAAACCUUUAGAGACAGAUGUAGUCCCUGACAAACAAGACAUCAAACCUUCAGAAACAGAUAUACUUACUGACAAACCUGACGUUAAACCUUUAGAGACAGAUAUAGUCACUGACAAACUAUACCUUAAACCUUUAGAGACUGAUAUAGUUGCUGACAAACCAGACCUUAAACCUUCAGAAACAGAUAUACUUACUGAACUAGGUAUUAAACCAUCAGCGGCAGAUAUACUGUUGUUCAAACCAGACCUCAAACCUUUAGAGAUCGUUAUAAUCACUGACCAACCAGAUGUCAAACCUUCAGAAACAGAUAAACUCACUGGCAAAACAGACAUUAAACCUUUAGAGACAGAUAUAGUCACUGACAAUGCAGAUCUCAAACCUUCACAAAUAGAUAUACUAACUAGGAAACAAACUCUCAAACCUUCCGGGACAGAUAUAGUCACUGAAAAACCAGGUCUAAUAUCUACUGACAAACCAGGCCUUAUAUCAUCAGAGACAAAAGUCACUGUGGAAGACAUAGUCAUUGACAAACCAGGACUUAAACCUUCAGAGACAAACAUAGUCACUGAAAAAUCAGGCCACACACCUUCUGUAACCGAUCUAGUCACUGAUAAACUAAUAAUGAAACCAUCAGAGACCGAUAAAAUCAAUGAUAAACCAGACCUUAAACCUUCUGUGACAGAUGUAGACACUGACAGCCAUGGCGUUACACUAUCAGAGACUGAUAUAGUCAUUGACAAACCAUGCUUCACACCAUCAGAGACCGAUAUAAUGACUGAGAAACAAAGCCUCAAAUCUUCAGUAAAAGAUAUUGUAACUGCCAAGUCAGUCCUCUUACCUUCAGAGAAAGAUCUAGUCACUGAUAAAUCAGGCUUCAAACCUUUAGAAACAGAUCUAGUCACUGACAAGCAAUGCCUUAAACAUUCAGACACAGAUCUGAUCAGUGACAAACCAAGAAUAAAAUUUUCUGAGACAAAUCUAAUUACUGAUAAACCAGGCCUCAAUUCUUCAGUGAUAGAUAUAUUCACUGACACUCUAUGCCUCAAAACUUCAGAGACAGAUCUAGUCAUUGAUAAAUCAACCCUCAAGCUUUCAGAGACAGAUCUAGCCACUGACAAACCAGAUAUCAAACCUUUAGCAACGGAUCUAGUCACUGACAAAGCAGAUCUGAUACCUUUAGCAACAUAUCUAGUCACUGACAAAGCAGAGCUGAAAUAUUUAAUAACAGAUCUAGUCAUUGACAAACCAGACCUCAACCCUUCAGAGACAGCUUUGAUCAGUGACAAGCCAGGGCUAAAACCUUGCCAGACUAAUCUAGUUACCAACAAACUGAGGCCUUCAGCAACAGAUACAUUCACUGACACUCUAGGCCUCAAACAUUCAGCAAUAGAUGUAACUGAAAAACCAGGCUUCAAACCUUUAAAGAUAGCUAUAGACACUGAUAAACCAGUCAUUAAGUCUUCAGAGUCAGAUCUAGUCACUGACAAACCAGACUUCAAACCAUCAGCAACUGAUGUAGUCACUAAAAAAACAGAGCUCAAACCCUCAGCAACAGAUAGUGUAACUGACAAACCAGACCUCAAAUCUUCAGAGACAAAUCUAGUCACGGACAAACUCAGCCCUUCAGCAACAGAUAUAUUCACUGAAACUCUAGGUCUCAAACCUUCAGCAAUAGAUGUAGUAACUGAAAAACCAGGCUUCAAACCGUCAGCAACAGAACAUGUAACUGACAAACCAGACCUCAAACCUUCAGAGGCAGAUCUAGGCACUGACAAACCAGACCUCAAACCUUCGGAGACAGAUCUAGGCACUGACAAACCAGACCUUAAACCUUCAGAGACAGAUCUAGUCAUUGACAAACCAGACCUCAAACCUUCAGAGACAGAUUUAGUCAUUGACAAACCAGACCUCAAACCUUCAGAGACAGAUUUAGUCACUGACAAAGUAGAGCUGACAUCUUUAAUAACAGAUCUAGUCACUGACAAACCAGACCUCAAACCUUCAGAGACAGAUUUAGUCACUGAUAAACCAGACCUUAAAUCUUCAGAGACAGAUUUAGUCACUGAUAAACCAGACCUCAAACCUUCAGAGACAGAUCUAGUCACUGACAAAGCAGAGCUGAAAUCUUUAAUAACAGAUCUAGUCACUGACAAAUCAGACCUCAAACCUUCAGAGACAGAUUUAGUCACUGAUAAACGAGUCAUUAAGUCUUCAGAGACAGAUCUAGUCACUGACAAACCAGACUUCAAACAUUCAGCAAUUGAUCUAGUCACUAAAAAAACAGAGCUCAAACCGUCAGCAACAGAUCAUGUAACUGACAAACCAGACCUCAAACCUUUAGAUACAGAUCUAGUCACUGACAAACCAGACCUUAAACCUUCAGAGACAGAUAUAGUCACUGAUAAACAAGUCAUUAAGUCUUCAGAGACAGAUCUAGUCACUGACAAACCAGACUUCAAACAUUCAGCAACUGUUCUAGUCACUAAAACACCAAACCUCAGACCUUCAGAGACAGAUCUAGUCAUUGACAAACCAGACCUCAAACCUUCAGAGACAGAUUUAGUCACUGAUAAUUCAGCCUUCAAACCUUCAGUGGUAGGUGUAUUCACUGACAAAGCAGACCUCAAACCUGCAACGACAGAUACCCUUCCAAAGAUCUCUAAUCUCAGUACUUCAGAAGUGUUACCUGAGUUUUCAAUUUCUCAUGUGAGAGGGAAUCAAUGUGAGGACUUUAACCCUACUGUUAAUUUACAAUCUGAUAACAAUAGUCUUCCAGACUCAAAGUUCACAGCUGGAGAGCUUGUUCUUGCACCAAAGGAUACAAAACGUUUGUCUGAAAAGUUUGCUCCUUCCUUUUUAGAGACAAUAAUGACACAAAAAGUGAAACAAGAUCCUUAUGGGGACCUGGAUACUAGAUUUAGAAUAACAAGCUGUUCGUCUGAGGAGCAAGUUUUUGCAGCAAAUAGUUUAGAGCAUAUUUCUGAAGGAAAUGUUCUAGGCCAUGUUCCGUUUAAACCAUUUUCAGAAAUAGAGAAACCAAACUCAGAAGCAGCAGCUCGAUCUCCAGUCAUAAGAAGUCCAACUUUUCCAACAUCAGACUCCUAUAGCUUUACUCAGAAGUUGCGUAGUGUCCUCCAUUCCGACCGAGUGCUCCCAAGAAAGUCAACACCCACCACCCCCGAGCCAUUGGUGCUUCCAUCAAGCUCUUUACUGUCUGGGGACAUAGGAACAACUGAAAGGAGUUCUGACUCAGAAGAAGCAUUUGAGACUCCUGAGUCUACCACGCCAGUGAAAUCUGCACCGCCAGUCCCCAUCCCUUCUGUAUCUGAGGUCCAGGAGCAACAGCCGCAGCAGCAGGAACCGCCACACCAGGAAGAGGAGACAUCUCAGCCUCCCUCCCUACCGGAAGAAACAGGAUCGGGAUCUAUUUUGGACAACGUUUCAACUGCUGAUGAGACUGUGACUGACAAUGUCCAUGACUCUCCUUUCCGUGCACCUUCUCGUUCCUUCUCAAUUGUUUUUGAUGAGGACAAACCCAUAGCCAGUAGUGGAACCUACAACUUGGACUUUGCCAGCGUUGAGCAAACAGAGACAAAUUCCAGCUCUUCAGAGGCCGCAGCCAGAACCAGACGCAAAUCUACAGACUCAGUGCCAGUAAGCAGAAAUACCCUUUCACGCUCUCUAAGUUUGCAGGCUGGAGACUUCCAGUUUGAAGACGGGAUUGCCAGUCACGGAGGAUCUGAUAGUGCUUGCAGUACCCUCCGCAGAACCAAGAAACCCCGUCCCGCAUCACUAAAAAAGAAACAAAGUGCAAAAAAACAAUCAGAAUGUCCUGCCUCAACUGAUAUACAGCAAGUGUCGUCAGGAGAGAGUCAGCAAGCAGACACAGACAAAAAAGUCCAAGAACAAUCAGUUGAAAGUUCAGCUGUCCCUCAAACAGAUGCUGAAUUGCCAGUAGCAGAGGCUCAACCAAUUUUACCCUGUUCUUCCAUAGCCUUAUCAUCUGCCACCCCAGAAGACAGCAUUGGAAGUGUUUCUGUUAGUGAACCUCCUGUGCCUUGUUCUUCAGAAGAUUCUGGAAAGGCAUCCCCUCUAUUAACUGCUCAACAGGCACCUGAGGUGACUCCCUCCGACACAGGAGGACCAGAGAUUUCAGGAGUGAUCGGUCAAGCUGUGAGGCUGGAGUUCGACUAUUCAGAGGAGGCACGUGAGGGCCAGCCUCCUUCCAGAAAAGGCAAAAAACCAUCAGGCAAGAUGCCAUUGCGGAAACCCAAGCCUAAGAAGGCUGUUGAGAAGCCAGAUGCUCCUCCCGGAUCUCAAAGUCCUAUUCCAGUUGAAUCUAAUGAGAUUCCAAUUGGCAGGGGCUCAUAUACCUACAACAUGGAUAAGUGGGAUGAUCCCAACUUUAAUCCAUUCUCUUCCAGUGGUAAAAUGGUAGACCCAUCUGUAGCCAGUCAAGAGACUUCAGAACAAAUUAAGCCAUUAAGGUCUGAAUCUCCAGCCAGAACUCCUGCUUCUUUUGAGAUACCCACAAAUAAUACAGAACAUAGCACUGCAGACGGAAAUAAGCCCGCUAAGAAGAAGAAGACACCACUAAAGACUGAUACUUUUAGGGUGAAGAAAUCUCCAAAACGCUCUCCGGUCAAUGAAAAUGGCUCUGAGGAGCUGACAAUACUUCCUUCCCCAGAUGUCCCUCCUGUGAUAAACUCUGAGGACCAUGCUACUGAUGAGGAGAAGCUAGCUUCUUCAGUGAGCAGUCAGAAAUGGACUUGCAUGGCUGUAGAUCUGGAGCCAGAAAAGCAGGAUUACCCACAACCCUCAGACCUUACGAAUUUUGUGAAUGAGAACAAGUUUCUUGCUUCCACCAAUGAAAUAGAAUAUGGGAAUUCUUACAAUAUUGAAUACAUGGAGAAGACAGGAUCCUGCUCUCCGCUUCGGGAAAUGCCUCAGACACAAUCCUUGUAUCUCAUGUUUGAGGAAUCCCCGGACAGCCCUGAGAAAACACUAACAAAAAUGACAGAGACUAGUGGUCCAGGAACAGGAACUAACUUUGAAGGGAUGGAGUCAACUUUAUGUUCUCAGCUUCCAAUGUCACCUCCUGUCCUAAAGGACACAGUGCGCCAGCCUCUAGAGCGGCCUCGGCAGAGGGAUGGGGAACCUUUGUGUGGAAGUGGAAAAAUGGAGCUGAGCACACCUGAGGAUGUAUAUGUGGCUGCAGAAACGUUACUUUCACGCAUUUCGCAUCAGGCUGCACUCUGUGAUCAGCUUAACUACCUUGAGCCUGAUUUAGCAGAGAAGAAUCCUCAAGCUUUUGCACAGAAGUUGCAGGAGGAGUUAGAGUUUGCUGCAAUGCGAAUUGAAGCCCUGAAGUUAGCCAGUCACAUAUCCCAGUCCUUGCAGUGCCCUGUGCAUACAGAGUGUGAUGGACUGGACUCCUCAGAUGUCAGCCUGGCUCACAACUCUCUGUACUCCCGGACAGUGGCUAUGGACACCGCUAGCGCGGGACUUUUACUGCCUUACCAGCAGUCUGACCUUGAUACUGCGCUCCAGCUUGCCAGGGAAGAGAUUUCCGCCAAAGAACAGGAAGUGACCGAAUGGAAGAAGAAGUACGAGGACAGUCGCUGUGAAGUGGUGGAGAUGAGGAAGAUUGUUGCAGAAUAUGAAACGACCAUAGCACAAAUGAUUGAGGAUGAGCAGAGAGAGAAGUCAGUGUCACAUCACACAGUGCAACAGCUGAUCCUAGAGAAGGAGCAAGCUCUGUCUGACCUGAACUCUGUGGAGAAGUCGCUGGCGGAUCUCUUUCGCAGAUAUGAGAAAAUGAAAGACGUUCUAGAGGGAUUCCGUAAGAAUGAGGAAGUGCUGAAGAAGUGUGCGCAGGAGUACCUUGCACGGGUAAAGAAGGAGGAGCAGCGAUACCACGCUCUAAAAAUCCAUGCAGAGGAAAAGCUGGACAGGGCCAAUGCUGACAUUGCCCAGGUUAGGAGUAAAUCUCAGCAGGAGCAAGCUGCUUACCAAGCCAGUCUGAGGAAGGAACAACUAAGGGUGGAUGCUUUGGAAAGGACCCUCGAGCAAAAGAAUAGGGAAAUUGAAGAGUUGACCAAGAUUUGUGAUGAACUUAUUUCCAAGAUGGGGAGAAGUUAACCUCCCUGCUGCUGUUUUUGGACUGCUUGUUUUCAAGCUGAGUGCAAUCUGUGGGCAUAGGGGAGGGUGGGCACAAUAUCUUGAUGUACUUAUUUCUGUUAAAAGUGGAGAUCAGGCACCUACUGCUGGGGGGGGGGGGGGCACAGAAAUCAAUCAUGUAAUGCAGGCAUCCCUCUCGCACAUCCUUCCUGUAUCAGGGAGGCAGAAACCUGGCCUGGAUCUCUUCCUGUCUCGUCGUGUUUUAUAUGGAUUUUCUCCAGACCUGCAUUGUUUUAAAUAAGGGCUCUAAGCCCAGCUUUUAUGUUUUACCAGUGGUGAAGACCACAUUAUGUCUCAGUUUGUUCCUGGCUUGUGAGCAAAGCUCCUCAUAGGCAAACUGAUCCUCCCAAGGAAGAAGAGGAACAUCCAGCUUCAAUCGCAUGAGCAGUGUGUUGUAAAUAAAUCUGUAUUAUCAAGCGCAA